CUUUCAAUAGCCAUAUCAAAAACUGGAUUAUGUUCACAUAACAAUAUGAUCAUGUGUUCUGUUUCGUUUGACUCUGUUCCAGGAAGAUUUCUGGGUUUGUCUGUACUACUUAAGAUUAAAGUCUGAAUCUUCUGUCAUGCGUGUUAAUUAUCAUGAAUCAUGAUAUGUUUCUGCAUCUUUUUGAUAGAUGCAAUUCGUUUCUUCAUUGUCGAUGAAUAAGUGGUUGAUUCUCUGCUAAGGAGAUCAUAUGCUGCUCAAAGAUGAAGAGAAAGCAUUACUAUGAGUUGAACCAUUCGUUUGAUCCAUGUCCUUUCGAGGUCUUCUGCUCGGGGACAUGGAAAGCCGUCGAGUACUUAAGGAUCGAGAAUGGAGUGAUGGCGAUGCAACUUCUGGAAAACGGGCAUGUAUUAGAAGAUGUAAGACCUUUUCAGAGGCUUCGUCUUAGAUCAAGAAAGGCGACUUCGAUCGACUGUAACUCUUUUCUACGGCAUGGCGUCGAUGUUUGUGUUCUCUAUCACAAAAGUGUCUCUUUGGAUGAAGAGACUCCAGAGCAUGACAUGGAGCCGGUUUGGGUUGAUGCAAAGAUUGUAUCUAUAGAGAGGAAGCCACAUGAAUCCGAAUGCUUGUGUAAUUUCUAUGUCAGCAUUUAUAUAGACCAAGGCUGCAUCGGUUCGGAGAAACAUAGAAUUAAUAGAGCUUCAGUGCUCGUGGGACUCAACCAAAUCUCUGUUCUCCAGAAGUUUUUCAAGGAGCAAAGCAUGGACCGGUUCUACAGAUGGAGAUUCUCCGAGGACUGUGCUUCGCUGGUGGAAACAAGACUAACCCAUGGCAAGUUCUUGCCUGAUCUUACGUGGUUGUUUGUUACAUCAGUCUUGAAAAGCAUUGUGUUUCACAUCAGAACAAUUCAGGAGAAGAUGGUUUAUCAGAUUGUGACGGAUCAAGACUCACAAGGCUCUAGUAGUUCUCUGAGUGCAAUGAAUAUCACGGUGGAAGAUGGAGUUUACAUAUCCAAGGUGGUUUUGUUCAAUCCAGAUGGGGAUGAUGGUACUCAUCAAGAUCCUGAUGUACAGCAAGAAAGUGAAGAGGAGGUAAUGGAGCUGCGUCGAUCCAAGAGAAGACACGUGCGGCCUGAUAGAUUCGCUUUCUCUGAGAGUCAGCUAGAUUCAAAGGAUGGAUGGGUAAGGAUGAUGCCAUAUAGGUACAGCACUUGGAGUGUUUUUAGUGAUGAUGACGAAGAAGAUUGUGAAGAUGAUGAUGAUGAUGAUGAUGAUUAUGAUGAUGGAGAUACCGAUGAUGAUUUGUACAUACCGUUAUCACAUUUGUUUGGAAAAAAGGGAAGCGCAAAGGGAUUUAGUAAGAGUAAACAAAGAGAGAUUGUUUUGGAAGACAAAACAGAGAGGAAGAAGAAGAUGAAGAUGAAGAAAAGAGAGGGAUUUGGUCGGAAUUCUGAGUUGUCCGUUAUUCCUUUCACUCCGGUGUUAGAACCUAUACCAUUAGAACAGUUUGGUCUCAAUGCAAAUAGUUUGUGUGGUGGUGUCUCUGGGAGUAAUUUGAUGGAUGAGAUAGAUAAGUAUCGUAGUAAAGCUGCUAAAUACGGGAAGAAGAAGAUGUCUGAAAUGGAUGAGAUGGAGUCUGAUCUGUGUUGGAAAGACAACCUCCGGAAGUCUUUCCAAAAACUAAAAGGACCUCAUUCCCGAAGACGGUCUGUUUCUGGGAAAACUGGAAAUUCCGAUGAACCACAGAUUUAUACGAAGAGAACAUUGAGCGCAGGUGCGUAUAACAAGCUGAUAGAUUCAUACAUGAGUAAUAUCGAUUCCACAAUUGCAGCCAAGAACGAAGCAACCAGUGUUGUAGAGCAGUGGGAGGAGUUAAAGAACUUCACAAGCACUUCAAUGGAAGCCGAAGACAUGUGCAGUGAGGAUGAUGAUGAUGAUGAUGAUGAUGGGGAGACGUCAGAGAACGAGAUGUUAUGGAGGGAAAUGGAACUAUGUUUGGCUUCUUCUUACAUUCUUGAUGAUAGUGAGGUGAGAGUGGAUAACGAGGCGUUCCAGAAAGCAACCGGUGAUUGUAAACAUGAUUUUGAGUUGAAUGAAGAAAUCGGAAUGUGUUGCAGAUUAUGUGGUCAUGUUGGAACGGAGAUAAAACAUUUUUCUGCACCUUUUGCGCAACACAAGAAAUGGACCACAGAGACUAAGCAGAUUAACGAAGAUGACAUUGAUACUAAGGUGAAACAAGAUGAAGUCGAGAGCCGCAAUUUCACAAUGACCGUUGUUGCUGCGUCCUCGGAAACUCCCUCUGCCGAAGAGAGUGACAACGUUUGGUCACUGAUACCUCAGCUUAAAAGAAAACUGCAUAUGCACCAGAGGAAAGCUUUCGAGUUUCUCUGGAGAAACCUAGCCGGAUCAGUGGUUCCUGCAAUGAUGGAUCCGAGUUCAGAGAAGAUUGGUGGCUGCGUGGUUUCUCACACUCCCGGAGCAGGCAAAACAUUUCUGAUCAUAGCUUUUCUUGCGAGCUACUUGAAGAUAUUCCCCGGGAAGAGGCCUUUGGUUCUUGCUCCCAAAACAACAUUGUACACAUGGUACAAGGAGUUCAUCAAAUGGGAGAUUCCCGUCCCGGUUCACUUGAUCCAUGGACGCAGAACCUACUGUGUGGUCAAAGAGAACACGAUUCAGUUCAAGGGAGUUCCAAAACCGAGCCAAGAUGUUAGGCAUGUGAUUGACUGUUUAGACAAGAUUCAGAAAUGGCAUGCACAGCCGAGUGUUCUUGUAAUGGGUUACACAUCGUUUCUAACACUGAUGAGGGAAGAUUCCAAGUUUGCUCAUAGGAAACACAUGGCUAAAGUACUGAGAGAAUCUCCCGGGCUUGUGAUUCUAGACGAGGGACACAACCCGAGGAGUACCAAGUCAAGAUUACGAAAGGCCUUAAUGAAAGUUGACACCGAUUUGAGGAUCUUGCUUUCGGGUACAUUGUUUCAGAACAACUUCUGUGAGUACUUCAACACUCUGUGCUUGGCUAGACCCAAGUUUGUUCAUGAGGUUCUAAUGGAGUUGGACCAGAAGUUCAAUACCAACCAAGCUGUGCAAAAGGCGCCUCACUUGCUUGAAAACAGAGCGAGGAAAUUAUUUCUUGACAUUAUAGCCAGGAAAAUCGACACAAAAGUGGGAGAUGAGCGCUUGCAGGGUCUCAACAUGUUGAAGAAUAUGACCAGCAGUUUCAUCGAUAACUAUGAAGGAAGCGGAAGCGGAAGUGGUGAUGUUCUCCCGGGUUUGCAGAUCUACACAUUGUUGAUGAAUUCUACAGAUUUACAGCACAAGACUCUUACUAAACUUCAGAACAUAAUGUCGACUUACCAUGGAUAUCCCCUCGAGCUCGAGCUUCUCAUAACCUUAGCAGCUAUCCAUCCUUGGUUGGUCAAAACCUCUACAUGCUGUGCGAAAUUCUUCAACCCUGAAGAGCUUUUCGAGAUCGAGAAGCUCAAGCAUGACGCCAAGAAAGGAUCGAAAGUCAUGUUUGUGCUUAACCUUGUGUUCCGGGUGGUCAAGAGGGAGAAAAUCCUCAUCUUCUGCCACAACAUCGCGCCAAUCCGUCUGUUUAUUGAGCUGUUUGAGAAUGUUUUCAGGUGGAAGAGAGGCAGAGAGCUCUUGACCUUAACAGGGGAUCUUGAGCUGUUUGAGAGAGGAAGAGUGAUAGACAAAUUUGAAGAACCUGGAGGCCAGUCCCGUGUUCUUCUGGCCUCGAUCACAGCCUGUGCAGAAGGGAUCAGCCUAACCGCUGCUUCACGGGUGAUCAUGCUUGACUCUGAGUGGAAUCCUUCUAAGACAAAGCAAGCAAUCGCACGAGCGUUCAGACCAGGACAGCAGAAAGUGGUGUAUGUUUACCAGCUCUUGUCCAGAGGAACACUUGAGGAAGACAAAUACAGGAGGACGACUUGGAAAGAGUGGGUCUCGAGUAUGAUCUUCAGCGAAGAGUUUGUAGAGGACCCGUCUCUGUGGCAAGCUGAGAAGAUUGAAGACGAUGUUCUCAGAGAGAUCGUUGAGGAAGACAGAGUCAAAUCCUUUCAUAUGAUCAUGAAGAACGAGAAAGCUUCAACCGGUGGAUAAUUCGGGUACAUUUUCAGUUAAAGUUUCUGUUUCACCAUGUCUUUGAUGAUAUCUUUGAUGAUGAUGAUGAUGAUGAUUCUUCUAACAACAUGUUGUAUAUGUAAUAAAACCAUUCCUGUAGGAUCAUAAUCUUAAAUAAUGAUCAUGCAAUAACACUUUGUGUAAUAAUUUGACCGUAGGAUCAUAAUCUUAAAUAAUGUAUUCAA